AUGAGAGGCCUGCUGUUGUCGGAGUACUUGCUCCACCUCGCGGCGCUCAGCUACCCCAUGCUGCUCUACCGGCCCCAGGUGGUGGUAACGGCAGUGGUGGCGCUCACGCACAGCUCGCUCGGAGAGGUAUCGGGCGCGGUCGCCGGUUGGCAACAACGGCUGCUGCGCCACGCGAAGGUGACGCGGGAGGAGGUCGUUCCUUGCCUGCGGGCUGUGGCUUCGCUGCACGCCAGCGCGCGUCAGGGGAGCUUGGCGCUCAAGGGCGACAACGGGAAGAUUUUGUCGGCAUUCCGGAAGUUUUCGAGGCGCGACAUGCAGGAAGUCGCGAAAUUGCAGCUGGCGCCGCCAGCUUCCGCUCUGCUUCCGCAGUUGGGUGGGGGCGUGCUGACUCCCGAGCGUACCCAGCUGUGCGCGAACGAGCCGUCAGAUUCCGAGAUCGAUGUUGACAUCGAUGGUUGA